CUCCGGGGCCCCGCCGCUCCGGGGUGACGAGGAGGAGCGGGACGGCGCCCUGGAGAAGGGCAAGAGCUCGGGACCCAGUGCUCGGAAAGGCAAGGGGCAGAUCGAGAAGAGGAAGCUGCGGGAGAAGCGGCGCUCCACCGGCGUGGUGAACAUCCCCGCCGCAGAGUGCUUAGAUGAGUAUGAAGAUGACGAAGCAGGACAGAAAGAGCGGAAACGAGAAGAUGCAAUCACACAGCAGAACACGAUGCAGAAUGAAGCUGCAAGCUUAUUAGACCCAGGCAGUUCCUAUCUACUACAGGAGCCAUCUAGAACAGUUUCAGGCAGAUAUAAAAGUGCAGCCUCUGCCUCUGAAGAAGAUGUCUCAAGUAGAUUUCCCCGAACAGAUAGAAGUGGGUUCACUAGAUAUAACAGGGAUGCAAAUGUUUCAGGUAAUUUGAUCUCAAGUACCACAUUGGAAAAGAAAAUUGAAGAUCUUGAAAAGGAAGUAGUAAGAGAAAGACAAGAAAACCUAAGACUUGUGAGACUGAUGCAAGAUAAAGAGGAAAUGAUUGGAAAACUCAAAGAAGAAAUAGAUUUGUUAAACAGAGACCUAGAUGACAUAGAAGAUGAAAAUGAACAACUAAAGCAGGAAAAUAAAACUCUUUUGAAAGUUGUUGGGCAGCUGACAAGGUAGAAGAUUCAAGACUCAAUGUGGAAAAAAAUAUUUUAAAACUACUGAUUGAAUGUUAUGGUCAAUGCUAGGACAGUACUCCUAUGCUGCAAUACAUUAAAAUAACUAAGUAUGUAUAUUUAUUUCUAGAAAACAAAAGGAUGUUUAUUUUCAAAAUAUUUCUUUUCCAUUAUUAACUUCAAAAAAGUACAUGAAUAAGUAACAUCUUUCAGUUAUUAAAAUGAUAGGCAAUGCCUUUUUGGUUUUGUGUGGUAUCCAAAUAAUAUAUGGUUUAAAGUCACAACUGUUUGAAUAUAUUUUAUCAUUGGUAGUGCAUUUUCUCCCUAAAGGAAUAUACAUAGUCUUUGUUUACAUGGGUUCAAAUGCUUUUGGGGAGUUCUUACAAAUGCCUUAUUACAAAUAGAUAUGCAACCUUUUGUGUGUUGAUGACUUAUAAAGAUUUUUGUCUGCUGUCAUUUGUUCUUUCUACUUAUUCUAAGCAAUCUAGAGUAAUAAAAUCACUAUUUUAUAUAACAGUAAUCUUUUAAAAGGACAUCUAUUAUAAAAAGUCACUUAAUAUCAUGUUCUAGCUGACUAAAUAUAAAUUUAAGAGAAUACUUGAAUUGUGCUGUAGUAAAUGAAAAUUUACUGUUUUGUGUUUAAU